AUGAGAGCGGGUCUGGGGCUCGAGUGGGGGGCAGCCAGCCCCGAAGUUUGCCUUCCAGCUACCCCGACAUUUAAGAAACAAAGUUAUCCGAGAGCGGCUAUCGGGCCGGAGGUGCUGGGCUGUGCUGGGAGCAGGCUGAGCGCCAGCCGGUCUAGACGGAGCUCCGCACAAGAAGAAGUCACGGAUGCGGCGCGAUGCCGCCGAGCAAGGAGACGAGGUGUUCUAACCAGAUGGCCCAGCACCCUGCCCUUCGCCGGGGGUCCCGCCCACUAGACAAUGGCCGCCAUCAUGCGCCUCACCAUCAGCUACCUGCGGAGCACAAACUUAUCACCUCGGGGAGAGGAGUGGCGUGGGCAGCCAGAGCAGGUGGAAACGCCUGUUGCGCUAAGGGCCCGGGACGGUUUUCUCAUGGUGGCUGACAGAGGGGCGCCCCACAUGCGCUUUACCUGUCGGAGAAUGUGAGUAAGGAAAAAAAAAAAGCACCUGGGGCUGACCCAGCUGGAGCUGAUUGGACACAGCAUCUUCGAUUUCAUCCACCCCUGUACGGAGGAGGCUGCAGGACGUGCUGAGCCCCGGCAGGGCUUCUCUAAGAAGAAGGAGGUGAAGACCGAGCGCAGCUUCUCUUUGCGCAUGAAGAGCACCCUGACCAGCAGGGGGCGCACCGUCAACCUCAAGUCAGCCACCUGGAAGGUGCUGCACUGUGCGGGUCACAUGCGGUCCUACACGCCGGCGCGGGAGGGCCCGGAGGAGGCGGAGGGGGGGUAUGCGGAGCCCCCACUGCGCUGCCUGGUGCUGAUCUGCGAGGCCAUCCCCCACCCCGCCAACAUCGAGACCCCCCUGGACAGCAGCACCUUCCUCAGCCAGCACAGCAUGGACAUGAAAUUCACCUACUGUGAUGAGAGGAUCGCGGAGGUGGCGGGGUACACGUCAGACGAGCUGCUGGGCUGCUCCAUCUACGAGUACAUCCACGCCCUGGACUCCGACGCCGUCAGCAAGAGCAUCCACACCCUGCUGAGCAAAGGGCAGGCAGUGACAGGCCAGUACCGUUUCCUGGCCAAGAGCGGGGGCUACCUGUGGGCCCAGACCCAGGCCACCGUUAUCUCCAACAGCAAGAACUCCCAGCCCGAGAGUGUUGUCUGCGUCCACUUCGUCCUCAGCCAGGUGGAGGAGACAGGCGUGGUUCUGUCGCUGGAGCAGACCGAACGCCAGGGUGAGGGGCGGCGCCUGCCACCGGAACCUAACCCUGCCCGCCAGGCCAACGGGAGCCCUGAGGAAGUGGAGCCAGACACCGGGGAGACCAUCCUCAACCUCAGCUUCGAGCGGCACGGCCCACGGCUCCUGGCCUUCCUGCGCCCGGCCCACGUGAGCGAGGCGGAGCUGCAGCGCGACCCGCGCCAGUUCUGCAGCCCCGACCUGCAGCGGCUGCUGGGACCCAUCUUCGACCCACCCGGAGCCCGCGCCAACAGGGAGGGGGCCCCGCGGGCACGGUCCUCCCCUCGCCCCCGCAAGGCCGACGGGCCACCCCAGGACUCUGCCAAGAGUACUGCCCCGGCCGAGCUGCUCUUUGACAUGGAGAACGUGCAGAAGCUCUUCGCCUCCACCCAGGAGACUGUGGAGAGGGCGCUGCAGGAUUACGAAGCACUCGACCUGGAGAUGCUGGCUCCGUACAUCUCGAUGGACGACGAUUUCCAGCUCAGUAGCACCGACCAGCCCCCCUGGCUGGCCGAGAAGCGAGGUGAUCCUGCCGUGGCCGGGGGAACAGGCCCCCCGCCGCCAUCUGCCUCGCCCCCACCACGUCCUCGCUCCAGCAGCUUCCAUGGGGUGUCUGCUCGCGAACCCGGCCUACCCGGCCUUCCCCGCUGGGGCAGCGAGACCAGCCUGAGCCAGCCCCGGUCCCUCCAGCCCCCAGAGGAGGAGCCCAUGGAGCUGGAAGGGCCUGGGUCACCACCAACAGCACCCUCAGGAGACAACCGCAGGGUUCACCCUGCCUCACACCUGGGGGCUAGGAAGAGGGUCUUGGAGCUGAACCUGGAGGAGGAAGGAGCCGACUUCCUGGAGGCAGUGCCUCUGAAGCGCGCCCACGGCUCCGAACCCGAUGGCUUCCUGCUGCCCUCCCUCAACCUGGGUUUCCUGCUGAGUGUGGAGGAGGGGCUGGACGCCGGGGUUCCCCGGGGCAGCAUGGUGCUAGGUCGGAAGCUGCUGGCCCUAGAGGAACCAAUGGCCCUGCUGGGUGACAUGCUGCCCUUCGUGGUGGAUGGUCCAGCGCUCUCCCAGCUGGCCCUAUACGACGGUGAGGAUGAAGCCUUGGAGCAGAGCGGCGGGCACUUCCAGCCGGGUGAGGAGCUCCUGGGGGAGCUGGACCAGGCCACCUGAUGGGUCGGACUCCCGCCCGAUGCUCCCACUCCGCAGAUGGGACAAACGGAACCAAACCUGACCCCAGUCCGUUCCAGGGGGAGGCACCUGCCUCUUCCUGCCAUCCCCCCCACCAGCAACACUCACGUGCUCGCCUUCCCCUACGGGGCCCAGAGAAUGCUACCUACCUCAGCCCUGCCCCCCCCCCCCCCCCCCUACUGGGCUUUCUGUCCCUUGCGCCCCCCCCCCCCAAAAUACUGGGGUGUGUCAGGGAGGGGAGUUCACCAGCCCUGCCCUGGGGUGUGAGGAGGGGCGAAUCUCCCUUUAAUGCUGGCCGCCCCUUAAUGAUGCUGGGGGAAAUCUGCCCCCCUAGGGGUUACAGUUGCAAUAGAAGCCAACCAAAUGGGGGAGGGGGCAGUCCCCCCCCUUCCUUUCCCCUGUACUCUGGAGCCAUGUCUGGAUCAGAGAGCCGGGCUGUCAUGCUGGCUGGAUCUUGGCCCCAGCUGGGGCAGACCUUAAUAGCCGGGAGACGUUGACGGGACUGGUGAUGGGGUACGGACAGUCCCUCUCAUCCUUCCUGCUCAGGGAAGGGUGCAGGGUGGGGUCCCUUCCCCCAGUGCAGUCGGGGAGAGUCGAGAUUUGCUCUCCCUAUGUUCUGCUCACCUCACCAGAGCCCCCCAUCUUUCCCUGCCCUAUCUGGGACCACCCUGGGGGGUUGGGGCUGCUCAUACUCCCCAUCCCCAGUCCUUACUCAGAAUCCUCCUGGUGCCUCUUGCCACAUUUACCUCAGCAACGCCGUCUUCUCUUGCCCCCCCCAUGGGGGGAGGAGCACAAUGGGGGGCCCAAGGGAUGACACCCCAUCAAUCGCCAAGUGGCAGCUGUUUUUCCCCCGGCAGAAUUUGGCCCUAGGACCCCAAAUCUCUCCAUUUUUUUUUUUUUUAGUGGCCAAAAC